CACCAUGUUAUUUCUUGUCAGUGCACUGAAAAAUCUACACAUGUAUACAUAUGAUACCUCUAAGAAGCAACAGAAAGGCUCCAAACAUGAAACUUUCUUGGCUUGUGAUCUGGGCUGGAACACUGUUUUUGAAUCCAGUCACUGCUGACUGCAACAUUACUUCCCAAACUGUUGUUUGUGAGGAGUCUGGAAAGAACCUCUCUAAUAUCUCCCUCAAUCUUUUUCAAAACGUUACUAAAUUAAGCCUCAAAAGAAAUAAAAUCACUUUAGAAGAUCAUGACAAAGAGAUUCUUGGGCGUUUUAUUAACCUCACUGAACUUCAUCUGAAUGAAAACAACAUUACUGUACUGAACAAUAACAGCUUCUACAAUCUGAAAAAUCUCAAAACUCUGGAUAUUAGCAACAACAGUAUUAGCACAGUUCAUAAAGCAGCAUUUGCAGGAUUAAAUCAACUCUCAGUGUUGAAUCUAUCCUAUAACAUGAUCGCUCAGCUGGAUUCAGAUACAUUUACUUCUCUAGAAAGUCUGACAGUAUUAGAUCUACAGUGUAAUUUUCUGAAAUAUUUUCAUAUAGAAUCAUCUUUUAAACCAAUUAAAAUUGUUUUAGCUGGAAACCCACUGAUCUGCUCCUGUGACCUCCUUGACUCACAGAUGAGGUUAACUGCCUCCGAUGUGACAUUGGAAAAUGAAUGCAACACUACAUGUACACUCUCAAACAUGGAAAAAAUCCCCAUCAAGACAGUAGCUAUCCAAACACCUGACUGCAAAACUGAAAAGACUUCUUUAGAAAACACUGUAACUUCCGCUCCUGCUGUUAAUCUUAGAAGCAAUGCCUUAAUAACAGCUCUGACUCCAAACAACAUCACUGGAAACAAUGGAACUCAUGCAGAGUUACCACUUGUUGGGAAAACUUGGACCUUCUUAGUGGGUGUCCUAGGGUUUGUCCUAGGCACUACACUCCUGAUUUUUACUGCUGUAAAAUGCCCAGCAUGGUAUCACUACUUGAUCAGCUACCGUCACCGUCGUCUUCAAGAAAAUGACUCAGAGAUGUUUGAACAGGAGUUCUCAGCUGACAUGAGUCCUUCUCCUUCAGUAUCGGGUACAAGCAGUGAAGAACCAAUUGUAAUAUUUGAGAAAGUUCAUUCAUGUGGAGAUGAAGAAGAUGGAUUUAUUGAAGAUAAAUACAUAGAUAUUUAUGUAAAUGAGAAGUGUUAA